AACAACUAGAAGGCGCCUCGACCCACAAAGCUGCGGACUAACAUCAUAGUGCGGUGAACUGAAUAACAGAAGAGACGCGAUUGCAUGCUGCCCGAAGUUAUCUCACAUUUACGCGGUUCGUGUUGAGAGAGUUCUUGCUCUAACUCACAGAUCACGGAAAACGAAAAUAAACCGAGGCGCAUUGACCUAUCUCACCCGAUGCAUUUUUACGAUUUAUUUAUUUCAGACAAGUAAACGAAAAGUUUUGCAAAGUUUUCUCGUGUGUUGGUGACUGGAACUUUAUUUAAAAAUGGUGUGCUUCGAGAAAGGUUUAUUCGCAAGAUGAUGAGGAAUGGCCAGUUUUUGUUUGUUAGUGUUUACUGUGGCGCUAGCCCUAGCGGCUCCGGACUGGACGGAUUGCCCGUCGCCGUGUCGGUGCACUUGGAGUAACGGAAAAAAGACGGCAUUAUGCAAAAAAGCGGGCUUUACCGGUAUACCUGGCACUUUGGACGAAGGCAUGCAAGUGCUCGAUCUCUCGGGUAAUUUUUUGUCGAAACUGCCCAAAGCAGCGUUCAGAUCCGUAGGCCUAAUAAAUCUACAGCGAGUAUAUCUCUCACGUGCCGGUUUAACGGAAAUCCACCGUGACGCAUUCGUAGAUCUGAUCAUUCUAGUAGAAAUCGAUUUAUCUGAUAACGAAAUAUAUUCCCUGCACCCGGAAACAUUUCACGGAAACGAGAGACUGCGGAUACUUUACCUCAACGGUAAUCCUCUUAAAGAACUCGUUCGAGCUCAGUUCCCUACGUUACCUCAUCUUAGAACUUUGGAGUUGGAAAAUUGCCAUUUAAAAGUUAUAAACAGAGAAACAUUUAUCCAUUUAACCGCUUUAGAGACUCUUAAUUUAAAGUAUAAUCUUCUUCAGAAUCUGUCGGAAACAACCUUCAUGAACUUUGCUCAGUUGAAGACUUUAGCUUUAGACGGUAAUCCGUGGCGAUGUGAUUGUGAUUUGCGCGGAUUCAGAGACUGGUUUCUAGCGAGUAAACUGCAUUCUGUUCCUCUAAUUUGCUCAGAACCGAAAUUAUUGGGUGGUAAACUAUGGGACGAAAUUCCAUCCGAAGAAUUCGCAUGUGUACCGCAAGUGUUCGCGUACCCACAACAACAGGUGCAAGCAGAAGCAGGAGGAAAUGUAACUUUUGGUUGUCAUGUUCGCGGAGAUCCAGAACCUCAAGUUUUGUGGCUAUACGAAGGCCACCCCAUUAAUCAUACGUGGUUAGUUGUAGAAGCAGAAGAAGGACUGUUAGAUAAGUGGGCCAAUAUCAGCAUUUAUAACGUUAGUGAUGCCGACGUCGGUCGGUAUACGUGUGUUGCCAAAAACAUUCUUGACUCAACUUCCGUUAACGUCAGUUUAGUGCUUCCGGAAGUUGUCACUGCUACUACACUUAGUAAAUCAGACACGAAAAUGGUGUGGUGGAGUAUAGUGAUAGUGAGCAUCGCAGUGGGAUUUUCUGGUGUGAUAACAGUGAUAGCGGUUUGUUGUGUUAGGAACAGAGGUCAGAGAAGGAACAUUAAAGCCAGUGUCAGCUUCACAGACCAAGAAAAGAAGCUACUGGACGUUAGUAUUGCUACCACGACUGAUAGAGGAACCGGUAGUUGCGAAGCAUUAGGACCGGACCUAGACAUAAUGGAACCUCCGGUGCAUAUUACAAUAGAGAGGGAGCCCCCUUUACCACCGCUGGCAGUAUAUCCUCCACCGCCAGAGUUUUCAACUAAUACGCUGCCAGCGGGGGCAUACGGGAACAUCUUCAUCUCAGUGUCAGUAAGUCGAGAUCCUUCAGUUGAUGUUUCUAGGUGUCCUGAUCUACUGGACUUACCCCACAGGCCUAAACAAGUCUACCAUGGCAUGGCAACGUUGCCGCGACGGCCGUACGCCAUUCCACAGUACGACAACAUGGGUCCCAGGGUGACUGCAGGCGGAAGUUCCACACUGUCUCUUCCUGAUGCCUCUGCUGGUGUAGCUGUUACCCCCGUAGUGACGGAAUUACUCCCUCCCCCGCCGCCCCCUUGCGUUCAGCUCACCCCAGAGUUUGUCUCUCUCUAACCUCCCUGUGGUUAAUCUUCAAUUAGUGCCUUUGCUCACAUCAAUAUAUUAAUUUAUAUCUCUACAUUUAUCAGCAGGAUUUUGUCAAUAAGGUAAACAUAAUAUUUCCUAUUAGUUUGGUAAAUGUGAAAACGUUAUUCAAUAAUUUUGAUUGUGUAUAUUACGUAUAUAUUCCAAAUUGUUGUUCGUAAUAUAAUAGAUAUUGAAUUUAAAUUUUUAUUAUAAAAUUUUAACUGA